AUGAAGACCGCCUCACUUCUCACCGUUUUCUCGUAUUCUUUGGCAGCUGCGGCGCCUCUGGAGGCCCUCGCUGCCAAAGGGCCGUUGAUCCAAGAUCGCAGCGCGCUUGAACGACGUAACUAUUUCGCAAGUUCAUGCAGACAUUGGAAUUUGAAUUCAUACUACUCAACCUUUCUGAACGCACAAUGUUGGAACACUCAGGGGCAGCUAGUUGGUAAUGUUUUCGAUUUGGAUAGUUGCAUUGCCAACUAUGGGGGUCACUUGGCAUAUGCUAAGAAUGGAAGAUACAGUUUCUCUUGCGACAAGAGAGACUGUGCUAUUGUCGAUAGUACGUGGUUCCAGUGCAAUUGCAAAGGCUACUCGGGAGAGACUGUAUUCUCGAAGAUUAACCUGAAUGACAUCCUGACUAACGACAAUGGAAAUCUGAAAUGUUAG